AAUUAGAAGGAAAAAAAUAUAUCAGUACAUCAUAUAAGCAGUAGAAGGCAUCCUCUAACCCGCCGCCUCUGAAACAAAAACACAAAGGAGGAGAAGAGGCCUUUGGUUGGUUUAAGGAAGGAAGAUUUUUUCUUUCUUAACAUCUUUCUCUUGACUCUGAUUGUUUCUAUAACCCCAUUUGCGGGGCUGGUUUGAUUUGAAAGAAAGACUUCUCUUUUCCAAUAUCUUUCUUUUCCUGGACUAAGGAAGGGAGACGACACCAACAUAUAUUCACUAAAAAGCAGAGAAAGCGGUAGAAAGAGAGAAGCUUCAGGUGAAAGUGAGGGUUGGCUUUGUAAAGACCGUCAUUGAAGACAAGAAAGAGCAUUGACAAUGAAGUACGUAUUGGUUACUGGUGGUGUGGUUAGUGGACUUGGCAAAGGUGUUACUGCCAGUAGUAUUGGUGUUCUCCUCAAAGCUUGUGGCCUUCGAGUUACUUCUAUUAAGAUUGACCCUUACCUAAAUACUGAUGCGGGCACUAUGUCUCCUUUUGAGCAUGGAGAGGUCUUUGUCUUGGAUGAUGGCGGUGAGGUGGAUCUGGACCUUGGUAAUUACGAGCGGUUUCUAGACGUUAAGUUAACCCGUGACAACAAUAUCACAACUGGAAAAAUAUACCAGUCUGUUCUGGAGAAGGAGCGGAGAGGAGAUUAUCUUGGAAAUACUGUGCAGGUAGUUCCACACAUCACAGAUGCCAUCCAAGAGUGGAUAGAGCGUGUAGCCAUGAUACCAGUGGAUGGAAAAGAAGGUCCAGCUGAUGUUUGUGUCAUUGAACUUGGUGGAACUAUAGGGGACAUUGAAUCUAUGCCAUUUAUUGAGGCACUAGGCCAGUUCUCUUAUCAUGUGGGCCCUGGAAAUUUCUGUUUGAUCCAUGUCAGCCUGGUGCCUGUUAUUAAUGUUGUUGGUGAACAGAAAACGAAGCCUACCCAGCAUAGUGUUAGGGGGCUUAGAGGACUUGGGUUGACCCCAAACAUUCUUGCUUGUCGCAGCACUAAGGCACUCAAUGAGAAUGUUAAGGCCAAACUAUCCCAGUUUUGUCAUGUGCCGGCUGAAAAUGUUGUCACCCUAUAUGAUGUCCCUAAUAUUUGGUACAUUCCCCUACUACUAAGAGAUCAGAAGGCACAUGAAGCAAUCUUGAAAGCACUGAAACUUCCAGGUGUUGCCAGGGAGCCUGAUUUACAGGACUGGAUUACUAGGACAAGAGUCUAUGACGUACUUCUUGAACCUGUUAAAAUUGCCAUGGUUGGAAAAUAUACUGGCCUUUCUGAUUCUUACCUCUCUGUUUUGAAGGCUCUUCUGCAUGCUUCUGUUGCUUGCCGGCGAAACCUUGUUGUAGAAUGGGUGGCUGCAGGUGAUCUUGAAGAUGUUACUGCUAAAGAGGCACCUGAUGUUUAUAAAAAUGCAUGGAAUCUUUUGAAGGGCUCUGAUGGUGUUGUAGUUCCAGGAGGGUUUGGUGAUAGAGGGGUUCAAGGAAAAAUUAUUGCUGCAAAGUAUGCUCGUGAGAACAAAGUCCCAUUCCUGGGCAUUUGCCUGGGGAUGCAAAUUGCCGUAAUUGAAUUUGCUCAAUCUGUUCUUGGUUUGGAUGACGCAAACAGUACAGAAUUUGAUCCUCAAACUUCACAUCCUUGUGUCAUAUUUAUGCCAGAGGGUUCCAAAACUCACAUGGGGGGAACUAUGCGUCUGGGUUCAAGAAGAACUUAUUUCAAAGUUCCUAAUUGCAAAUCUGCAAAGUUGUACGGCAAUGCCAGUUUUGUUGAUGAGCGUCAUCGUCAUAGAUAUGAGGUCAAUCCAGACAUGGUAGCACAAUUUGAAAAUGCUGGUCUAUCAUUUGUUGGCAGAGAUGAAACUGGCCAGCGCAUGGAGGUCAUUGAACUGCCUAGUCAUCCAUACUUUGUUGGUGCUCAGUUCCAUCCUGAAUUCAAGUCAAGGGCAGGAAAACCUUCAGCUCUUUUCUUAGGACUUAUAGCAGCAGCAAGUGGGCAGUUGGAUGCUGUCCUGCAAAAUUAUGGCCAUGCAAGCAAGCUAUUGCCAAAUGGAAUGAGCAAUGGAAAACCAAUAGUGAAGCCCUAUCAAAAUGGGAACGCCAUUAAGUCUUCCAAUGGAUCAUUAAAUGGUGCACAUAGCAAUGGCAAUGGUGUGCACUAUUAAGGAAGUGAUGAACUUGAAGUGCGCUUCUGGUUAUGGUUUCAGUUUUCUAAGGGUUUUCAAUUCGGUUUCUCUUUGUACAGCUGUUGAGCAUGGGGUAGAUAAUUUUAGCUUUUGAGUGACUUGUUUUUGGAGAAAAUCGGAGUCUGAACUCUUGGAAUGAUGAUAGCCUGUAUUCUCCAGUUUGUCAGUGAAAUAUGGGCUCGAGCUGCAGCAUCACCCUCUUGUUGGACAAACUGUCCUUUUUCAGUGGGAAUUUUGGCUGUUUGUUUUUUGUUUUUUGAAGAGAGAAGAUGUUUUAAGUCUACCCUUCCAUCAACAAUAUAGGAAUUGAUACGUGUUGCGGUGAUACCCCAUGACUGAAGCAGGCACCUCUGGCGGCAACUUUUGGCAAUAUAUCGAUUUGUUCUCGCACUCGUCAAUUCGUCCCCUGCUCUUUCGGUCGCUUAUUAAACUUAGAAAGGCAAUGGAUGUGUAAACUUCUGUUGCGAAGCAUUUGUUGACAUUCUGUUUUCUUAAAUAUUUACAUUGUAUGGCUGGACAAAUUUAAUGUUUUUCAAUGGUAUUUCCCUCAAAUAUCUGCAAAGAGAGAAAGACUUGUGUUUAACGCU